AUUCCUAGAACUUUUAAAGUUAUUUUUUCUAAUAAGCGUUGUGUAAAAUCCAUUCUUGCUUUAGACAGAGUUUAGAUUGAGGGCUAAAUGAAAAAGUAUCGUGAAGUGAUGAAAGGCCUUGAUUAUAAUGGCACAGAAGGGAUUGUGCAUAUGAAAGUAACAGUUCAAGAGGGCCAUUUUAUUACUUAUCGUAUGAAAGCCUGUAUUAUAGACUGUCAACAAUUGAUGCCUAGAAACCAGUAUAUGCUGCUUUUGCCAGAUGAAUUUCCAAGAAAAAAUAUUAGACUUAUUCAGGCUAGAUUAUUUGAUAUCAAAAAGAAAAAAAUUAAACUAUUGAAUUUGAUGAGAUACGAAGACGUAGUUGAGGUAUUUAAUCACCGAUGUCUGCCUUUGAAACCUACACGUAUCCCUAAACAUGUCUCAAAGUACAGCAAAACCAUUCUGCAAAUAAAAUCACCAACAGAAUUAUCCAAUCAGUUAUUUGGUGUAGGGGGUGAUGAAUCAAGCGAUAAGACAAGGCCUGAAUUGGUAAAAUUGAAAUUUAUCAGUGGUCAAAAUGCCCAACAUGAUGUCCUUGAAAUAUGUCAUAAAGAUGAUGUCUUGUAUCCCUGUGGCAUAUUGUUUUGUGGAAAGGAAGAAACUGACUGCAAAUAUGAAGUCAAAGUUAUUGGAAGCUAUUCAGUAUGUGAAAAUGGAAAAAUCACCUGCAAGUGCAUUUUGGAUGAAGCAGAUAGAAAUCCUGAAGAUGAAAUUGAUCAUAGUAAAGAGGAAAAUACAUCAGAACAUGCUAAAGUUAAUCAAACAAAUACAAGUGCAGACKGCUCAAAGGCCAGCAAUGGACAAAAUGCUGCAAUGAACACUGACUCUGUUCCCUCUGGAAGUGUGCUUUCAGACUCAUCUCAGCUUGAAGAUAAGCAAGCACAUAAUACAAAUAAACCAGGAGUAGUUGCUACCAAUUGUGAACUAAAUAUUACAGUUGCCAAUGCUGAGAAUUAUCCUCUUGCCUUAGAAAAUUGUGAAGAUAGUGAGAAAUUCAAAAAAAAAUUCUUUGAAGGUGAGGAGUUUCUAAAUGAAGAUAAAGGUGAAGGAGGAGUUGUUCCAAAUAAGAAUACAGGAAAGAAUAAUGUGAAACCAGCUGCUGCAGAACAAAAGGCUUUAGAUGAUGAAAAGCCCUCAUCCGUUCAAGAAGGACUUGUUCCUAUUAGCAAGAAAGGAAAGAAUCCUGUGAAACCAGCUGCUACAGGUGGUUUACUGACAGUGAGGACAAAAUUUCCUUCUUCACAAUCUGCGGAUGAAAGCUUUGCAAAACCUGACGACAUAUCGUCUGACAGAGGAACUCUUCAAUUGGCACCUUAUGCCAGUCGUUCAGCUGAAAUUUUGACACCAAUGGCACCAAUGGCCAAGAUGAUAAGCCUACUCAACAGGCUUAGGGGAAGUCCUCCUAUAGAUUAUUAUGAAUUGGUCAAACAAAUAAUACAAACACAGUUGACUUUUGGAAAACUGUCAAAAGGAAUUGAAGAACUGUCAAACGAAUUUAUGGAAGACGAAAAGUUGAUCAAAGAGAACCUACGCGAAAACCAAAGUGGGCAAGAAAUUGAGAAGRUGAUUAGGAAAAAUGCACUGAGGCAGAACAUUGUUAACGACCUUAAGAUAUCAUUAGCACUGGCGCAAACCUUGACAAAUGUAUAUGAAUUAUUUAAACAAGUGCUUGAGGAACGAAUAAAAGAUAAAGAAACUAUAGAGAAGCUGCGUGAAGAAUUGGACCGGACAAAAACGAAACUCCAUAAACUUGAGAAAGAAAAUAGUUCAAGCCAGCAACAAGCAAAAAAUGAAGCUCAAGGUCCUCAUGAUUCAAUAGAUUCUUUACAAGAAAAGAAAAUGAUCGAAAUCUUAGCUCUUAUGGAGAAAUCGAUUAGCCGCCCCGAGCAAACCACUCUGCCGACGGAGUUAGUGGAAAAAAUGAAGCAAUUCAUUUCUUUAUCAAAGAAGCGAUGUGAUAACUUCAGAAAAAGAUCGUCAGAAAGUUCAGAUGAUGAUAGUCCUGAUGCUAGAUCAAAUAGAUGAUUGUAGGUUGGUCUAUUCAUAAUGAUUUUUAAAAACGCUGCUUCAACAUAAACUUUUCCUGAUCCUAUUGAAUAGAAGUGAAUGGACUCCUUUCCCCUCGUGGCGAGAUGCACCAUGGCAUUGACGAAAGUAGAAACUUGUUGUUUUUCGUUCGUGUUUACGCUUGUGUCUCAGGAGUUUUUCAAACAACAAGGUUCAGUUAUAUGCAGAUAGGUUUUUUAACAUACUCUAGCGUGUAGGCAUCUCCUUUAUUGAUUAUCCAAGGGAUUAUCGACUUCUGAUGGCGCAAAUUUCGCUAAGAAACCUUACUCGUCCGUAGCUUUUAUAAGACACCCGCCUGAUACUUUUAUUUCGCCAAAACACAGAUGACGUCAUUAGGCUAAACGGCCAUACCAGUAAAUGGACCGCGCGUCAUUUUUUUUCCCUCAUGAAUAUUUGAGCGCUUGUUAUUUUAUAAAAGCCAUAAAAAACAGUUUUCCGUGUAUUAUACUCUGAUAAAAACACUUGGGAUGUGGAGAGAACACUCGCUUCUCGUCGUGGUUUCCUACGCUUCUCUCGUGUUCUCCCCACAUCCCAAGUAUUUUUAUCAGAGUAUAAUACACGGAAAACUGUUUUUUAUUCCUUAACUCACUAAUACCAUUUUACGCUUAGAAUAUUUUAUAUGGCAAUAUUGAUGAUUUAGCUAUAUCACCCGCUUUGUAAAGGAGAUUUUAUAGUAUAGGUGAAAACUGACUGAAUYAGUACAAAUAUUUUCCAUGUUUCUCAUGCACUUUAGAAGCACCCAGGUUUGUUUAGAAGAACACUAAACGUCAAAAUAAAUGAUUGUUAUCAAUAAAAUUGAGAAUAAAAGACAUAAAGAGUUA